GGAAACUUGAUCAGACUGUGAUUCACUUUCAUACCGAUAGCAUCGAGUAUAACUCCCGAAGUAAUUUUCCCAUUGCAACUGUCGGGACAGAAAGUUUCAAUUUUUGCGUACACUUUUAAAUUUCAUCGAAAUAGUUGUUCUUCUCCCUCAAAUAAUAAAAAAAGAGGAUAUAUUAUUUAAUUGAAGGUAUUCAAAGGUGCUACAAGGAGGAAGAAAAAAGUUUAUUUAAUCAAAUUAGGAAUAAAUCUUAAUCUCACAAAGCAACUUGAAAAAUCAUUAUCAACCACCAUCUAAUGAAGGAGAUAAUUACAAAAAAAACACAUGUUGCACUUCAAUAUCAAUCUGAAGGCCUAUUUGACAUCAUCGUAAAUUAUUCAUUGACGUGAAAUCUAAUAUAAUUUCAUCUUGACAAGAAAAAAUCGAAUUGAAACAAAAUGUAUCAUCGAUCGAUACUUCUCAAUCUUCCCAAAUCCCAAUCGACUGACAUUGAAUUCCAAAAUGUCAUCUACACUGUUCAAAUCGGUUUUCGAAGUCCAAAUAAACAGAUUCUUAAGGGAGUGAGUGGUUGUUUCAAAACGGGUGAAUUAACCGCUAUUAUGGGACCCUCGGGCGCUGGAAAGUCCUCUCUGCUUAAUAUCCUUACAGGUCUACAGAGAAAGAAUGUCGAUGGAAAGGUUGCCUAUAUAACCGGGAAAGUUGAACAAUCCUGGAACGAUUACAAAAAGCAGGCAUGCUAUAUUCAACAAGACGAUCAACUUUAUCCUCUUUUCACUGUUAACGAAAUCAUGACAAUGUCAGCUGACCUGAAACUUGGUCAAAGUCUAAAUUCCAAGGGGAAGCAAAUGGUCAUUGAUGACAUUCUUGAUUCAUUGGAUUUAACUAAAUGCAAAGAGACAAGGUGCGAUCGACUUAGUGGUGGACAAAGAAAAAGACUUAGCAUUGCCCUUGAACUCGUCGAUAAUCCACCUGUUAUUUUCCUUGAUGAACCCACUACAGGACUGGAUUCAUUGUCAUCGAUGCAAUGUGUCUCGGUGCUGAAAAAUUUGGCUCGAGGAGGGAGAACUGUCGUUUGCACCGUUCAUCAGCCAAGUGCUGCCAUCUACGACAUGUUUGAUCACGUGUACAUGUUAGCAGAUGGACACUGUAUGUUUCAAGGUGCCGCAGGUAAUACUGUGCCUUACCUCAGCAGUCUUGGACUUAAUUGUCCAAAAUAUCACAAUCCAGCCGAUUACGUCAUUGAAGUUGUUUCCUGCGAAUACGGAGACUUUAGAAAUCAAUUGACUGUUGCCGCUAGCGAUUCCUCUUGGCGGUUUGUACCUCCGCCAAAGUUGGAUAAAUUUAGCAUUAAUGAGGAAGAGGAGAAAAAAGUCAAUAGCAAUAGAAACAAUGGAAAAACAACAGUUCUUAUCACCACUCCUUCGGAGAUCAUAAAAUUACGGAUACUUGUUAAAAGAUGUUGCCUUCAGCUAUACAGGGAUUGGACUGUGACUCACCUAAAACUUGUGCUUCAUUUUUUAGUGGGUAUUCUACUUGGACUGAAAUUCACCGACUGUGGCUCCGAUGGCUCCAAGACUUUUAGUAAUAUUGGUUUCCUUCUCACCACUACGGUUUAUCUUUGCUAUACAAGUAUGAUGCCAGCUGUACUUAAAUUUCCCACUGAGCUUCUUGUUCUUCGCAAGGAACACUUUAACAAUUGGUACAAAUUGCGCACCUAUUAUUUAGCAUUCAUCAUCACUAAUAUUCCUAUGCAGGCGUUUUUUGCAACUGUCUACAGUUCUGUUUCGUACUAUCUCUCGAGUCAACCUCUCGAAUUGUUUCGCUUUCUCAUGUUUACAAGUAGCGCCAUUUUAACAACAAUAAUAGCCGAAGCUAUGGGACUAAUUUUAGGUACAACAGUUAAUCCAGUAAAUGGCACAUUUUUGGGUGCAAUUAGCGUUUGUGCGAUGCUUAUUUUUGCCGGCUUUUUGGUACUUUACACACAUAUGAGCCAUUUUUGGUAUACAGUGAGUUUUUUGAGUUAUUUACGAUAUUCAAUGGAGGCAAUGGUAUCAGCUCUCUAUGGAUAUAAUCGUGAGAAAAUGUAUUGUCCCGAUUUAUAUUGUCAUUAUCGAGCUCCACAGACGUUGAUCAAAGAACUUGGAAUGGACGGUGAGGGCUUUUGGUUUGACGUCACUGUUCUUGGAAUUAAUAUUUUCGUCAUUCUAUGCAUUGCUUAUUGUACAUUGAAGAGAAAAAUUAGCAAUUUUUAAUUCUAUAGACGACUAUUAGGACAAAAAAAAAAAAAAUUACUAAAAUUUUCAUCAACAAUCUAUGAAAAUAUUCCCCAGAAAAAAAUAUGUACAUAUAUAAUAUUAAACGCAUAUAAAACAUAAAGUUUUGAACAAAAUAUUAAUUCGACAAAAAAUAUAUAAUUUCGAAAAACUUAUAGUGGUCGGUAAAUUAUUCACAUAAAUUCACUUUAUUUUAGAAUUCAACUUGUUUGUAUAUUAAAAAUGUCGUUUUAAGGAGAUUAUAGGAAUUGACUGAUCUAAUCAAAACAGAAUAAACCAUUAUUUUAUGAUUUGACUUGCUCGCUACUUUUGAAACGGUUGGCAACACCGCGUCAGUCCCAAAAAAUUUAGCUACAUAAUUUUCAAACUUUAUCUAAUAUUGGAUCAAUUUUCAUUAAAUUUGUAAUUUUAAUACUAUUUCCGCUAUAAUCUCCUUAAAUCGAGAAAACUGUUCGAUUUAAAAAAUUUUUUUAUUCAUUCAUCAAAAGUGCAUCCCUCUCAAAAAUUCCAAAUUUGAAUUUUUAAAUAAUAUUGAAUUAAAAAAACAAAUAUAAAAAACCAUAUUAAUAAUAUUUUAUUAUUUAAGGAGGAAUGGAAACACGUUAACAUAACCUCAAAACUGAGUAAUUGUUUUUUUUAACAAUUCAACGCAAACAAAAUUAUGAUUAAAAUUAAUUGUAAUCAAUUUUAGAAGAUCUUGUUAAUUGCAAAAAAAAAACGAUGUUGAUUCAAAAUCUUUUUUUUAACAUUAAAUGUUUUUUUCCUUCAGCUCAGGCAAAAAUUACAAUUUUUAUUUAAUUUUAAUAAACAAGGGCUUAUUUUAUUUACAGGCUUCCUACCCACAUUGUACGUAAGCUUGCAGCAAGCUUGAGGAAAGUUUGCCGCGCAAUAUUGCCAAUCUUGCACAGCAGUAUAAGGUUACUGUAAGAUUGAACAAUAAUAUUAUCGCAAGAUUGCUCAGUAAGCUUCCACAGUAAGUUUGUAGCAAGGUUGGUGCAUGAUUGACAAAUAACCUUGCUUUGAACCUAAAAUCUUUUUUUUUUUUAAUGUUUCGUGAAAUUUAUAUAAUUUUAUUUUAUGAAUUUUAUUAUAUAAAUAUUACCUAUAUAAAUUAGACGAAACAUUUUUUUUAAAAAAAUUUUUUAGGGUUUAAAGCAAGGUUAUUUGGCAACCUUGCACCAACCUUGCUACAAACUUACUGUGCAAGCUUACUAAGCAAACUUGCGAUAAUUUUAUUGUGCAAUCUUUCGGUAAGCUUACCGUGCAAGCAUUCGUUCAGAGGUGGGACAUUUGAAACUUGCAGUAAAUUUGCGGCAAUUUUGUCGUGGAAGGUUGGCAAUAUUUCGGGACAAGCUUGACGCAAGGUUGCUAGAAUCAGACGGGCUAACUGAGCAGUGCUUCCCCUAUUUUUUCCCUAUUUAAAAAAAAUUCCCCUUUUUCCACUCAUUUCCUCUAUUUUAUGUUGAAACUCAAAUAAGGAGAUAUUUCAUAAAAAUCCAAAUUUGAACCAAAAAAUUACAUGCCUCUGAUUGUACUUUUUCGAUUUUUUUCAUUGAAUGCGACUAUAUCGACUUAUUUUUAUAAAAUGUGACUUUUUCAACUUUUUUCAAUAAAAACUUUACUUUACUUUCAUCAAAAUUUUUUGAAAAUUUUAUUAUUUAAAUUUUUUCUCAAAUACAAAUAUUUUUAAAAUUCAAUUAUUGUCUCAAUUUUAUAAAAAAAACAUUCAACAAUUUGAAUUUAUGAAAAUUUUGAUUAAAAAUCUGCUGAAAUUCAAUUGUUUUCAACAAUU